UGUCUCAUCCGCGGCCAGAAAUGGGUAUCUUGUUCGCCCGGAGUUUGGCCCUUCUUGCUCUCCUCUGCCUGCUUCUUCCGUGCCAUGGGAAGCUCUCAACCAAGUUCUACGCCAAGUCGUGCCCCGGCGUGGCCACCAUCGUGCGGUCGGCGAUGGCGCAGGCCGUCGCCAAGGAGCCCCGGAUGGGCGCGUCCAUCAUCCGGCUCUUCUUCCACGACUGCUUCGUCAAUGGGUGUGACGCGUCCAUCCUUCUGGACGACACGCCGACGUUCACCGGCGAGAAGAACGCCGGCGCCAACGCCAACUCCGUCCGCGGGUACGAGGUGAUCGACGCCAUCAAGACGCAGGUCGAAGCGGCCUGCAAGGGCAUCGUCUCGUGCGCCGACAUCGUUGCCCUGGCAUCUCGCGACGCCGUAAACCUGCUCGGAGGCCCGACGUGGAACGUGCAGCUCGGCCGCAAGGACUCGCGCACGGCGAGCCAGAGCGCCGCCAACGCCAACCUCCCGGGUCCGGGCUCCAGCGCCGCGUCCCUCGUCUCGGCGUUCGCGGCCAAGGGCCUCUCGGCGCGCGACAUGACGGCGCUCUCCGGCGCGCACACCGUGGGCCGGGCGCGCUGCCUCUUCUUCCGCGGCCGCAUCUACACGGAGCCCAACAUCAACGCCACCUUCGCGGCGGCGCGGCAGCGGACGUGCCCGCAGAGCGGCGGCGACGGCAACCUCGCGCCGUUCGACGACCAGACGCCGGACGCCUUCGACAACGCCUACUUCAGGAACCUCAUGGCGCGGCGCGGCCUGCUGCACUCCGACCAGGAGCUCUUCAACGGCGGGCCGACGGAUGCGCAGGUGAGGAAGUACAGCGGCAAUGCCGGCAUGUUCGCCACCGACUUCGCCAAGGCAAUGGUCAAAAUGGGCGGCCUCAUGCCGGCGGCCGGGACGCCGGCGGAGGUCAGAUUGAACUGCCGGAAGGGCCUCUCGCCGCGGGACAUGACGGCGCUCUCCGGCGCGCACACCGUCGGGCAGGCCCGGUGCGCCACGUUCCGCGACCGCAUCCGCAACGACGCCAACAUCAACGCCACCUUCGCGUCGCUCCGGCAGCAGACGUGCCCGCAGGCCAGCGGCGACGCCGCUCUGGCGCCCAUCGACGCGCAGACCCCCGAGGCGUUCGACAACGCCUACUACCAGAACCUGAUGAGCAGGCAGGGGCUGUUCCACUCGGACCAGGAGCUAUUCAACGGCGGGUCGCAGGACGCGCUGGUGAAGAAGUACAGCGGCAACGCCGGGAUGUUCGCCGCCGACUUCGCCAAGGCGAUGGCGAGGAUGGGCGCCAUCAGCCCGCUCACGGGGACGCAGGGGGAGGUCAGGCUCAACUGCAGGAAGGUCAACUAGCGUCAACUGCUGGAGGAUCUCGAUCAUCAACAAAGACAAGAACCAUGGUGUGUUGCAGUACAAGUUGGUCCAACUCGGUCGAUUGGUCGGGUUCUGGGUAGUGAGCAGCCAAAAUGGCUGCUUGGUAGCUUGCUUGUUCAAUUGUGUUCUGAUUAUCCUACGUGUCAGGAACAGUCCUGCAGUUCUUUAUUGUUGGCAAUUGUAAUUUCUACAUGUGGAGUAAGUGCUUUAGGAAUCAA